UUAGUCACGUAAUCUUUAUCAAGUAACGAAGCGACUACGUGUCCUUUAAAUUUACUUCUUCUUUGUGCAAAAGAAAUUUAAAGGAGCAAUGCCUGCUUUGGAAGAAAACGAGAAUGUAACUUCUUGGCCAGCAUCGAAAGCUAGGCAUCAAUUUCGCACAAAUCCAUAUUACGAGGGAAAAUCAACAUCAGGAUUUUGUAUGCGACAUGUUCAGACAAAUUUGGCUAUUCUUCCAGCUGCAUUGGCCGAUGAAUUUGAACGGUUCUGCAAUUUAAACAAAGCUCCAUGUCCAUUGAUGUACAAAAGCAGACCUGGUGAACUAUCUGCUGGGUAUCUCGCCCAGAAUUCUGAUGUAAGAACUGAUCUUCCAAUGUACUGGGUGUCUGAGAAAGGAAAUGUCACCAAGAAAAUUAGGGAACUAACCAGUUAUCCACUGGACGACUAUGUUUCCUUUUAUCUGGGAUGCAGCUUUUCCUUUGAAGACGCACUGAUGAAAGCUGGCAUUGAAUUGCAGCAUGUGGUCCAAAAGCGCAAUGUGUCAAUGUUCACAACUAACAUUCCGUGUUUGUCUGUUGGGCCAUUUCACUGCCCCAUGGUUGUUUCAAUGCGACCAAUUCCCAGAGAAUUGGUUGAAAAAGCAGUGAUUGUCACAGCUGUCUAUGAUGCAGUGCAUGGAGCCCCAGUACAUAUUGGUGAUCCAUCUGUGAUAGGUAUAGAUGAUGUUAAUGUAGUAAACUUUGGAGAUUCUUCUGAUGUGGGUGAUCUGAUACCUGUGUUUUGGGCUUGUGGCGUAACAUCUUCAGUGUCGGUAAGAUCAGCAAAACUACCACUGUCUUUUAGUCAUCAGCCUGGCUCAAUGUUCAUAUGUGACACCACUUUGGAAGAAUACUUUAGAGUCAAUAAACCAGAACAUGGAGAUGAACAACCCAAGCUUAUUACUUUGGCAGAGCAACCGUUUCUGGCUUCUGUUUGCUCUGAAACUGCAUUUAAAAAAGUGGAAAAGCUGAAUAAAUUAUUGGGAGGUCAGAGUGGUUUUGAAGGAGAUGUCUAUGAUUCUGAUUUCCUGAAGAUUGUGGGAAGAUUGUCCCAUGCUCCAUCUGUUGUUAUAGGCAUUCUUCAUGAGGAAAUCAUUCCUUCCUCUGAACUGACUACUGCAGAUGGUCUCCAAGGAGUUAUCACUUUGGUCAAAGCACUUCAGGCAGUGAAGAAAAAGAUAACCAUUAUCACAGAACACAAUUCACAAGUAAUUCAUGACUGUGUGACAGCUAAUGCCUCCCAGGGAAUCUCUGAAAAAGAUGUGCACAUUGUUACAAUGGAAGACAGUAAGGAUGUGAAGGACAGACUUUCUACUGGGAAUGUAAAUCACAAACUGGAUACAGUGAUAGCUUUACAAAUGACAACACAGGCUAGCAACAAUGAUAGUGGAUCUAAAAGGACCUUUCGAGUUGGCUUGGUGGACAAAUUAUUGGAGGAAGUUUGUAGCUUUCAAAAUGGAAUAGUGUCAGUAAAAAUCACCACCAACAGACAAGAGGCAUCACCAAUUGGUGAUUGCAGUUCAGUGUUUAGUCAUGUCAUGGUUAUCAACUCUAUGUGGACAGCUGCAUUGGGUCUUUCUGCUGCCUUAUAUGUCCUCAACAACUGUCCAAUUCACUCACGAUACUUACGGCAUGGUAUUGGUAAAAGAGAAGUCUUUGAAGUUGGGCAGUUCUUUGUAAGCAACACUGAACAAAACAAAAUGCGUCACCAGAUUCUUGACUGCAUUGAAGGCAGCUGAAGAUUCAUGCUCAAGGAACAAUUUCCCUUGAGUGUUUGUUAAUUCCAUGCUGACGAACAUCGUUGUAUGUUUUUUAUUUCUUCAAAACCAAACAGGUUUCGUUUUGGUGUUUGUUUUUGUUUUGUUUUGUUUUGUUUUGGGGGGGGGAGGGGUGAAGGGGAAGUUCUUAUCAUUUAGUGUCUUCGUGCAUCAAAUUAGAAAAAACAUACAUUGAUCUCACACGUCACACACUUAAUGGAGGGAAGGGGAGCUUAAUUAAGGGGGGUGCUUGCAAUCUUGAUUUUUGUCCUAUUGCUGCGCUAAGUUAAUACUCAUAAAGGAUCUCUGCAAGCAUAGAGAAAUAGAAAUAACUGGAAAAUAAAAGAAAUUAUUCUCCUGUACUGAUUCCACUAUAAAUGAAGCUUAACAGUCUAUAAAUAAAUUGGCAAUAGAAAGUGUUUCCCUUGUAACCUACUUUGUAGGGAUCUAAGGAAAUUAUGGUCUGGGGGUGGGCACUUAUUCUAAGAAAUACAGUGACUAGGAAGAUCCUUUACUUUAUUUUGAAUUUUCAUGUUUGGUAAUGUUUGUGUGGCAAAAUAAAAUGAAAUAAUUACGUAACUAUUUAAGGCCCUACAGCAUCCCCCGUUACGGUCUACAUGUAAGUAUAAUUAUGGCUGUUGUUUGGAAUAAUGAGAAAACGAGAAAGUGAAACAAAAAAGAUGUAACUCCAAACCUUUAUUCGUUGAAUUACAAACGUGAUCAGCAAAGAGGUCAGAAAUUUACCAUUCGAAGAAACGUUCAUUUUAUAAAUUAUUUCUUGGACAGCGAUGCUAUUAAAUACCUAUAUAAAUAAAACAAAAUGAACAUUUUCAAAGAAGUUCAUCCACAUCUACUUUUUCUUUAUCGUAACUGGAUGGUGAGGAAUUCAUAAAAGCGAACAGUUGA